AUGCAUGUCACUGUUGGCUCCGCCAAGCAAUACACUGAAACCCACGAGAACGGCAAGAAAAUGACUGUCAAAUUCUGUGGCGAAUGCGGAUGUGCUAUCUACAAAACACACGAGUCAUACCCUGGGACUGUUGUUAUCUUGGCAGGAACACUAGACGACCCAGAAGGACUUGAACAGUCAAAGCCAGAGCGGGAGUUAUUUACUAAACACCGUUUUUCAUGGCUACCGGGUCUCAAGUGGGCCGAACAGACACCGGAGUUUUAA